GUAAGGGUUUAUAUGUGAAAUAACCAAACUAAGGCCGCAGCCUUCGGCUCUCCACCCACCGGCGACGAGCAGAGCUGCAGAGGGGGAUGGUAGGAGAGGAAAGAGGAGAACCGGUGGCUCGAGGAGUGGAAGUGUGGAGGCGCUUCGCUGGGCGCGCCGCAGCCGCGCGUCGUCUCCAUCCUCGUCUACAAGGAGGACAUCGUCCGUGAAUUCGUACGCGACCUACCUUCCUCCUGAGAAUUUGAUGAUGGAGGACCUCCACUGCCCUUCCCGCUGCCAUCGUAUUCCUGUUCGCUUGUAGGCUAUAGCCUCUGCCGUGUUCAGAUUAUGGUUGCUCGUAAACUGCAAUGAACUAUUCCGGACUUGGAGCUCUGAAUUCAUCAUCAUCUAAGAAGGAUCAAUGAAUUACUUGUGUAGCCCUUUUCACAUCAUUGUGAUCUUGAACCCUUGAGUUUAGUAUGAAAGAGAUAUAGAGGACUGCCUUCUGAACAACGAGAGCGUUUAGAAUAAGCAAAUGCUCUGUCUAUUCCACAAUGAGGGCAAAACCGCAAAAAUGAACCUGACGAGCUUUGCUCUUGUAUUUCCGUGGGAUUGGAGAAGCAUCGAGUCAAAAGGGCAAACCCAUAAAAUAUCUAGGUAAAUCUCUAAUUCCAUUCUCUUUUUUACCACAGUAUUUUCUUUGAAGAAAACUCAGGGCCGUCUGAUCAUCGAUCGGAUGGCUCACGCCCAGCCAUCUUCCUUGCGGCCCCACCCAAUCCUCUCGUCCCGUCUCCCAGCAGAGCCUCCAAUACCCCAUUCCUGCCUCCCAAAACCCACCCGCAGCUUCGCCCAUCCUCCAAACCCCCGACCGCCGCCGCCCGCCCGCCGGCGGCCAUGCUCCUCCACCACCGCCUCCUUCCUCGCCUCCUCCUUUCCCCCUCGGCCCCUGUAACCGCCUCCCUCUUUCCGACCCGCCGCAUCCUCUCGCCUUGCUGCUGCUCCGCGCUCUCCCAAGUGGCGGCGCCACAAACCAUCGACCACUCCGACGACGACGAGCCCCAGGGGGAGGUGCAGGUGCAGCUACCUCUCGACCGGCUCUUCCUGCCGCCCGGGGCAAGCGUGUCCGCCGGGGACGCGGAGGCGGUCACCGCGCGGGUCCUCAAGGGCUCCAACAUCGUGCUGGGCCCGUACGCGCGCGGCGACGCAAACGUGAUCGCUGCGGACUUCGUGAAGAGCAGCGUGCGCCCUGAUGACUGCCCCAGGGACGGGCUACCGGAGUUCGCGCUUGUUGGUCGGUCCAACGUCGGCAAAUCGUCGCUGCUUAACUCACUCGUCCGGCGGAAGCGCCUCGCGCUCACUUCCAAAAAGCCUGGGAAGACUCAAUGUAUCAACCAUUUCAAAGUAAACGACAGUUGGUACCUUGUUGAUUUGCCUGGUUAUGGAUAUGCUGCUGCACCACAAGAAGCUCGUACGAAUUGGGAUGAAUUUACUAGAAAUUACUUCCUCAGCAGGGAGAGUUUGGUGUCAGUUUUUCUCCUUAUAGAUGCAAGUAUUCCUGCUAAGAAGAUUGAUCUUGACUAUGCUAGUUGGCUUGGUCAAAACAAGGUCCCCAUGACGCUAGUGUUCACAAAAUGUGACAAGCGCAAGAAGAAGAAGAACGGUGGCAAGAGACCGGAAGAAAAUGUAGAGAACUUCCAGAGCUUGAUCCGUGAAUAUUUUGAGGCAGCACCCCCUUGGAUCAUGACAAGCAGUGUCACCAACCAAGGCCGAGACGAGAUACUUCUGCACAUGUCUCAGCUCAGAAACUAUUGGCUCAAGCAUUAAUUAAGAUGAAAGAAAUAUAUAAUACUAGAACUCGGGCAACAGCAACGGCAUGCAAACCCUGAUGCUUAUUGAUGCCUCGACAGUUCGGCUCCUUUGCAAUCAGGCCUUACCAACUGACGUGCCUUUUGAGCUGUUGAUUGUAAACUAUUGUCCCUAUACAUGAUUACUCAAUCAACAGACUGGGGAAUUGGGAAUGCAAACAAGCUGCUAAAUCAACUACCCUAGGUUUUCUAUUUGUAUAUCGUACAAUCUCAACAUUUUCUCUUUGUUGUUUUCUGAUUAUAAAAAUUUGUAUUAUAUGGGUUUAAAAAUACGCUGUUAUCAUCUGAUCAUCAUUGGGAAUCCCACUUUUUGUUUGUUA